UGAGGCAGUGGGUGGCCUCUGUCUCCUCCAACCUGGGGUCUCUGUGUCUCUAAGAUUCCCUAAAACUCUGAUCUAUUCCCCCUUCCCCUCCGCCCCCUUUUCUGGCCAUCCUUCUCUCUCUCUGGGACUCUUCUCCACUUCUCUUGCGUUUCUGUGCCCCCUCUCUCCAAGUCCCUGUCACUUGUUGCCUGGUCUCUUUCUCAUUCUAUCCAACCAUCCACACACCUGCAGGCCCUCCAUUGGCUGGGUUCAGGGUGGGCGGGUCCUGUCACCUGGGGCAACAGCGACAACAAGCCUGCUCCUGCUGGGCUACCCCACAGGGGUGGGACCAUGGCUGGUCCGACCCUGGCUGUACGCUAUGGUCUGCCAUGGUCCCCAGUCUCUGGGACCGAGGUGCCUGAAUCCUGGCCCAACUGGCAUCUCACCAGCAGUGGUGUCGCCCACCACAUUAUCCCAUCUGUUCCCUUUCCCCCGCCCACUGUGCAGUCCACGGUCGCGGAGCCCCUGCCCCCGGCCGCAAAGCAGGAUUUACACAUCUGGGAUUUUGACGAGGUCAUCAGCAGAUGGGAGACCACCUAUGGCUCGGCUUCCGUGCCCAAGACCCACGGCGGGCCCUACGCACAGCCCAGGGCCCCAGAGCCUUCGGACCCCACGCGGACUGUGGGGAUCAAGGAUUUAGGAGAAAAGCUCAGAAGCCGCGGCUGGCGCCUCCCGCUGGUCAGAGAGCACCAUUGCAGUGAGACGAGGGCUCAGUACACCGGCCGGCCGGGCCCGGACCGGAGCCCCACCUUCUACGUCGGGCCCCAGCCCCUGGAGCUUGCGGACCACCACCGCGGAGGCCCUUCCCAGGCUUUAAUCCCUUGGACAAAGAACCCCGAGCGGUCCGGCCAGCCUUUCACGGUAUCUGACCAGGGCGUCCUGGACCGCCAUCAGCUCUAUCUGACCACCUCGGCCAAGGACUUCCGGGCCUAUCCGAAGAUCCAACGGUGCCUUCCCUCUCCUGCCUUCCCCACCAACAGGAAGGAGUUGUCUGGAUAUCCCCGCAAGGACUCGCUGACCUGCUGGAGCUUUCAGAAGACGCCUCAGGUCUGGGGACGGGACCCACAGCGGCCGCCCCGUCUGCGCUCCUCUCGGCCGCCAGGGAUCCGCGUGCCCCACGUCCGCCCGGCGACGCUAGCCGUGCCGCACCGUGGGGCGCUGUCUCUGGCUCAGGAGUCCUACAGACCCCCGCUGCACCCGCUCCUCCGGCUCGAUCGUUUCUGCCCUCUGGAGCUGCCCUGGGGCGGCCCCCACUGGAAGCCGGUGUCGGGCAUCUACAGCGUGCCACAAGCCUACCGCACUGAGAACUCCAGCUACGGCAGCAUGAAGCUGACCGCGAUCUGAGCCGGCAGCGCCGGCCCCGCCCAGAACACGCCCCCGGGCGGGGGCGGAGCCGAGUCUGGAAGACCCCGGCUGGGGGGCACACUGGGCGGGGCUAUGGUCGGGAAGCCCGCCCAUCACGUGGGAGGGAGACAGAGGCCAGGACCCGCCCACUAGGCGUGAGCCGGACGAAUCCCACCGGAGACUGACUAGGGUGACCGGGUUGGGGACGAGGAUGGAUGCUGAGCCUGGAAAAUAUACUUUGGGGCUGUGGGCUCGCGGGCGGGACACGCCCUCUACGACAGAGCGGGCGAGUUUACCUUAGUCAACGACAGAGUUAAAAUAGCCUUAACCGUG